AUAUUAAAAUCACACACCCAGUUCCAGAUGGUGAACAGGACAGGCAGCCUUCUGAAUCAAAUGAUUGUCGUCCUGAAAUUUUAAAAGAAUUAACAUUUUUCAGAAGCUUUCUUUAGAUUUUUCUCAGAUUUAAAACCAGCUUAACAAGAACCGGAUUUAUCUGAUGCACUGCUGAGGAGAGGAUGGCGAUUUGGACCGCUGUCUUUGUCUGGACCGCAGUCUGGCCCAGCGCUUUGUCUGUGACGCGGUACUCCAUAGCAGAGGAGAUGGAGAGGGGCUCCGUUGUGGCUAAUCUUGCUGCAGAUCUGGGACUUGAGCUCGGAGGUUUGGCACAACGAGAGGUAAAACUUGACAUUUUCACAAACAAAAAAUAUCUGGAUUUCAACAAGAAGACCGGGGAGCUUUACAUCUUAGAGAAGAUAGACAGGGAGUAUCUCUGUCCGGCGAAGCCAGCGUCCUGUUUUUUAAAGCUUGAUUUGAUCAUAGAAAGCCCGUUACGCAUAUUCAACAUUGAACUCGGAAUAACGGAUAUAAACGAUAACGCGCCGCAUUUUCGGAGAGACAGAGUGGAGCUGGACGUUUCUGAAUCCGCCGCUCCGGGAGAACGGUUCUCUCUGCCGAACGCCGUGGAUCCAGAUGUUGGCGUUAACACCAUUAAAACAUACAAACUCAGCACCAGUGAUCAUUUUUCUAUUGAAAUCCAGACGGGAAGUGACGGAACUCAGUAUGUGGAUCUAGUUUUGACCAAAUCUUUAGACAGGGAGGAAAGGGUUGCCCAUAAUUUAAUUCUGGCGGCGGAAGACGGAGGUGUGCCUGAGCGCUCUGGCACCGCAAACAUCAUCGUUAGGGUGCAGGACACAAACGAUAAUCCUCCUCGGUUUGAAAAGCCAUUUUAUACCAUUAACAUGACAGAAAACAUCCCGAUUGGAACCUCAGUCAUGAGGCUUAACGCCACAGAUCUUGACGAGGGCGCAAAUUCAGAGAUCAUUUACUCAUUCACGCUUUACACCUCAGAGAAAACGCAGGACGUGUUCGCACUGAAUCGUGAUACAGGUGAGGUAACAAUUAAAGGGAUCAUAGAUUAUGAAGACAUGAAGUUUUAUGAGAUGUAUAUUGAAGCUAAAGAUAAAGGAGAGCACCCCCUGCUGGGGCAGUGCAAAGUAGUGGUUCAUGUGACAGAUAUGAAUGAUAAUUACCCAGAAAUCACUGUCCAGUCCGUCAAAAACACAGUAGCUGAAAACAUACCAGUUGGGAGCGUCAUAGCGCUGGUGGUAAUAAGCGACAGAGAUACUGGGGACAAUGGGAAGGUGAGUUUAUCAGUUAAAGAGAACAUGCCUUUCAUUCUAAACAAAUCAUCAGACAAACCCACACAUUAUAAACUCAUUGUCUCUGAGCAUUUAGAUCGAGAGCAAGUGUCAGAAUAUCUCAUCACCCUGGUGGUGACAGAUGCAGGAACACCUCCUUUAUCUGAUAAUGAGACAAUAUCAGUUCAUCUGCUGGAUAUUAAUGACAAUGUUCCCCAGUUCCCCCAGUCUUUUUAUACCAUACGUGUGAUGGAGAAUAACGCCCCCGGGGCCUUGCUCAGCUCCCUCACUGCCUUUGACCCUGACCUCCAUGAGAACCAGUAUCUAGUGUAUUUCAUCCUGGAGAAGGAGAUCGCCAACACCUCCAUGUCCAUGUUGUUCUCCAUCAACCCAGAGAACGGGAACCUUUAUGCACUGAAGACCUUUGACUAUGAGAUAGAGAAGGACUUUGUUUUCCACAUCGAGGCCAGAGACUCUGGUUCUCCUCCUCUCAGCAGUAACGUGACCGUCCACAUCAUCAUUGUGGACCAGAAUGACAACGCUCCAUCUAUCGUGUCUCCGUGGUGUGAGCGUGGCUCGGUGGUGGAGGAGAAGAUCCCCAGAUCCACUGACAAAGGCUCUCUGGUUGCCAAGGUGAUAGCCUUGGACAAGGACUCUGUGCACAACUCUCGGAUCACCUACCAGUUCCUGCAGCUGGCUGACGCCUCCUUGUUCAGUCUGGACCAGUACAACGGAGAGAUCCGGACCAUGAGGAUGUUCAGUUACAAAGACCCGCGCCACCACAGGCUGGUUGUUGUUGCCAAGGACAACGGGGAGCCCGCUCUGUCUGCUACAGUCACCAUCAAGCUGCUGACAGUGGAGACUGCUGUGAAGACCUACUCUGACAUGACUGAGAUGUCUCUGGAAUACGACAUCUUCUCAGACAUCAACCUGUAUUUGGUGAUCGGUCUGGGCUCGGUGUCCUUUCUGCUGCUGAUCACCAUACUGGUGACCAUCGUGCUGAAGUGUCAGAAGGUGAAACCCAGCAAAUCGGCUCCUCCCAGCAGGAACAGCGUGAUCAGUGAGAGGAACUCCACCAUCGCAGACUCCACUCUGGUGUCCAACGAUGCCUACUGGUACAGUCUGUUUCUAGCAGAGACCAGGAAAGGAAAGCUGGUGGUCAGACAGCCUGUGCCAAAGGGCUCCAGAUACAUCGUGUCCAGCAUCCCCAGAGGGACAGGACUGUCAGAGACCAGCGACUCAGCAGCUUCCACUCUGCAGGUAGGCUGUACUGAAUGUUACUUUGUAUGUAUUCAUCGUUUUUCUUUUUGACAAGUCAACAAUACUUAAGUUACCAUUUUGUUGUUCCUGGCUAUUAAAACUUUUGUUUUAGUACUUUACAUAGUUUAACAGAUCCACA